ACCCCGCUGUCGCCUCCACAGACGAGCGGAGUAUGCGGGAGGCUGCAGCUGAGUGUGUUCAAGCGAAAGGACUUCGGGCUGUAUGGACUGAGUGUAUUUUCAACAUAAAGUAAAUCGCCGAUAAAUUAUGUUUCUGCUAGGAGGGUGGACGAAGAAUAAAUGAAAGCGAGCGAGAGCGAGAGAGAGGGGGGGGAGAGAGGAUCGCAUCCGGAAGGGAGCAAAUAUCAAAGAAGGGGGCAACCGGCCGGCAUGAUGCUGAUUCUCUCUCGCCGGCUUGGUGGUAGUUUUCAGGCUUGCGGAGGACUUGUCUUUUUGCCCGUUCCCAUGACUGGACAAUACUGAGCCGAGGGGUCGCCAUCGACAGCAAAACCCUCCCGCCGAAAUCCACAUCCGUGAGCCACGGAGCGGAUUAAUCAUCAUCCACCGUCCGAUUCCGACAGCAAGGAGAUCAGCACUCUGGACAGCGACGAGCCGCUGAGACUGCACAGGGCAGUGGAAGAUGCACGCGGAGCCCUCAGCUGGAGCCCCCCGCGGGGGAGGGACCGCAGGACGCCGAGGACAAUGGGCCGCCCCCGGUGCUUUCAGUGACUGACCGCCAUAAGGCCUGACACACCCACCCUGUCCUCUCUGGAGCUGUGCUGUGUUUCAGUGCUGCAGGCCCCCGGGGGGGUCUGCUAAUCACCAUUGCAGCUGUGCUUAGCAAACUCUCUCAAAUGAACUGGCGCAUUGUCAGCAGGCAAAAACGCACACAAGAGAUCGCUCCUCCUGAAACUCUCCCUGGUCCCCAUUUUACACUCAGAAUAGAUGCAGAUUUUAAAGGGAGAUGUCUGCUCUCAUUAACGCAUAAACAAUCAUAAUGUUUCAGCAGCGAACCCAUGAGCAUGGUCAGGAUGGCAGCUCACCCAACAGAAGUCCUCUGAGAAAGAAGGGAUGUUGUCAUCGAUAAAGUUUGAAAAUACAUCACAUGCAGAGAGAGGAUUUAGGGCCUGGCACUGUUCCACAUCCAGACUCGCAGUCAAGUCUGCUUGGCCUUAAAUUUCACCCGGAACGACAGGUCAGCGAGUAGGGGCAGGCAGGAGCGAGGUGGUCCCGAGGGCCCUCACCAUGGUGCUGCCGUCUCCUGACAAACGUCACGUCUGCCUGACCACCAUAGUCAUCAUGACCAGCAUGGCCUUCAUGGAUGCCUACCUGGUAGAGCAGAACCAGGGCCCGCGAAAGAUCGGGGUUUGCAUCAUCGUGCUGGUCGGCGACAUCUGCUUCCUCAUCGUGCUGCGUUACGUGGCCGUGUGGGUGGGCGCCGAGGUCAAGACGGCAAAGCGGGGCUACGCCAUGAUCCUGUGGUUCCUCUACAUCUUCGUGCUGGAGAUCAAGCUCUACUUUGUCUUCCAGAACUACAAGGCGGACCGGCGCAGCCUGGAGACAGUAGCCCGCAAGGCCCUGACGUUGCUGUUGUCCAUCUGCGUUCCGGGCCUAUACCUCAUCCUGGUGGCGCUGGACAGCAUGGAGUACGUCAGAACGUUCCGUAAGAAGGAGGACAUGCGCGGCCGCCUGUUCUGGGUGGCCCUUGACUUGCUGGACAUCCUGGACAUCCAGGCCAACCUGUGGGAGCCGCAGCGGACAGGUCUGCCCAUCUGGGCCGAGGGCCUGAUGUUCUUCUACUGCUACAUAUUGCUGCUGAUCCUGCCCUGUGUGUCCCUCAGCGAAAUCAGCAUGCAGGGCGAGCACGUCUCGCCACAGAAGAUGAUGCUGUACCCUGUCCUCAGCUUGGUCACCAUCAACGUGGUCACCAUCCUCAUCCGGGCGGUCAACAUGGUCCUGUUCCAGGACAGCCGUGUCUCCACCAUCUUCAUUGGCAAGAACAUCGUGGCCAUCGCCACUAAGGCCUGCACCUUCCUGGAGUACCAGAGGCAGGUGAAGGAGUUCCCCCAGAAUGCCAUCGCCAUGGAGCUACAGCAGAACUCAGUACCCCAUAACCAGGCCCUGCCCAAUGCUACCAGCCUACCCAUUGAGCAGUCCCCAGCCCGUGAGGUCAUCGACACAUGACCAGGGCGGUCCGGCCUGCUCCUGAGGCCCCGCCUCUCCCCUGGCCAUGGGGAGCCUGUCCACCACUUGGCAGGUUCUGCUCCUCAGCAAAUGCCAUCUCCUUUGAACCCACCAUUUAAAUGUUGUGUUCCAGGAGGGGGGGAGAAUGUCACAGGCCUCGAAAUACCUGAGCCAGGAGGAUAUUGGCCUGUCCCCAAAAUUGAAGGAACACAGCUUUGUGUUGUUAUGUUUGUGCUUAUUUUUGAGUUUACGUGCUCUGACUGACAGCUGGUCUAUCCUCUGGCCGAGAGACGAGCCCUAGUCUGACAGGUAACUGGCAGGUGAUCGUCAGUCAGGCAUUUUUUUUCAUGGAUCGCUGGUACUUUUUUUUACAACUUUGUAUGUGGCAGUUUAUGCCAUAUGACUGUGAAUUUGUCGGUCGUGAGUGAGAAGCAGGAAGUGUGGCUCUUUGUUUUGGGCGGGGGGCUAAAUGUUGCUAGUGUUGGAAGAGAGAGAUGGGGGAGCG